UGCUCUCAGGCCAUCAUGGCGUCUCCCAGUGGGAAGGGAGCCCGGUCGCUGGAGGCUCCUGGCUGCGGGCCCCGGCCGCUCGCCCGGGACCUGGUGGACUCCGUGGACGACGCGGAGGGGCUGUACGUGGCGGUCGAGCGUUGUCCGCUGUGCAACACCACCCGCCGGCGGCUGACCUGCGCCAAGUGCGUCCAGAACGGCGAUUUCGUCUACUUCGACGGCCGCGACCGGGAGAGGUUUAUAGACAAGAAAGAAAGGUUAAACCAACUUAAGAGCAAGCAAGAAGAAUUUCAAAAAGAGGUGUUAAAAGCUAUGGAAGGAAAAUGGAUAACAGAUCAGUUGAGAUGGAAAAUAAUGUCCUGCAAGAUGAGGAUUGAACAGCUAAAACAAACAAUAUGUAAAGGAAAUGAAGAAAUGAAGAUAAAUUCCGAAGGCCUUCUUAAAACCAAGGAAAAGAAUCAGAAGCUUUAUACUCGAGCACAGCGGCAUCAAGAGAAAAAGGAGAAGAUUCAGAGGCACAACCGCAAACUGGGUGACCUGGUAGAAAAAAAAACCAUCGACUUAAGGAGUCAUUAUGAGCGUCUGGCAAAUCUUCGGCGAUCUCAUAUAUUAGAGCUCACCUCUGUCAUUUUUCCAAUCGAGGAAGUAAAGACUAGUGUGAGAGAUCCUGCAGAUGUGUCCUCAGAGAGUGACAGUGCCAUGACCUCCAGCACUGUGAGCAAGCUUGCCGAAGCCCGGAGGACGACUUACCUCUCCGGGAGAUGGGUCUGUGAUGAUCACAACGGGGACACCAGCAUUAGCAUUACAGGGCCUUGGAUUAGCCUUCCCAACAACGGGGACUACUCUGCCUACUACAAUUGGGUAGAAGAGAAGAAAACCACACAGGGGCCUGACAUGGAGCACAGUAACCCCGCUUACACGAUCAGCGCUGCGUUGUGCUAUGCGACUCAGCUGGUCAACAUUUUGUCUCAUAUACUUGACAUAAAUCUUCCCAAAAAGCUGUGCAACAGUGAAUUUUGUGGGGAAAAUCUCAGCAGACAGAAAUUUACUCGAGCAGUGAAGAAACUGAAUGCAAAUAUUCUUUAUCUCUGCUUUUCUCAGCAUGUAAAUUUAGAUCAGUUACAACCACUGCAUACUCUCAGGAAUCUCAUGUACCUGGUUAGUCCGAACUCUGAACACCUGGGCAGGUCGGGACCCUUUGAAGUGCGAGCGGACCUCGAGGAGUCCAUGGAGUUUGUGGACCCCGGCGUUGCCGGGGAGUCAGAUGAGAGUGGCGACGAGCGCGUCAGUGAUGAGGAAACCGACCUGGGCACAGACUGGGAGAACUUGCCGAGUCCCAGGUUUUGCGAUAUCCCUUCCCAGCCUGUGGAAGGCUCCCAGAGCCAGAGCAGCCAGGUAUCCCCGCCCAUCGCGAGCAGCAGUGCCGGUGGAAUGAUCUCCUCUGCCGCAGCCUCGGUGACCUCCUGGUUUAAGGCUUACACUGGACACCGCUAACGCACCCGGACCAAAACAUGCCAGGUUUGCAUCAAGAUAGUUGUUCUUCCACUAUGUUCUAGUAAAGUUUAUGUAUUCAGUUAAAAUAGUGCCUGGAACAGAAAGAGGUUAAACCAUUGUGUUUUUGGUAAAGCAGGGAGACAAGCAUUUCUGUUUAUCAGAUGGCCGAUGGGAGUGACCCACAUGCUUAUAGUAGAACAGCAGGGUCAGAGGUCCUUCUGCCCAGACCAGUGUUGGUGGAAGAAAGACCAGUGUGUGUGUUCUGUUGAAGCAGAAAAUUCACUUGGGCUCCCUUCAGUCACAGGCCACAGGACCCAUGGAUGCAGGUUGACACAUUGGUCCUUGUGAUGUGGAGACUGUUCCUGAACACUUCACAUUUUAGAGGCAGAAUCACAAGGAAGUGAUUCUUGAUGAUCAGGACUUGCAAGAUACAAACUGUUUCAUAUGCGUUUGUUCUUAUGCCAUCAUUUUUUUGUACAGAGAACCAGCAGGCAAUUUGAAAUACUUGAUUUCUUUAGGAUUUGGUCAUGUUUGGUUUUUAGGUCAAGGAUUUUGGUUUGUUUGGAAGGAGGGGGGGUGUUUUGGGGGAGGGGAGGGGUAGUUUGAAAAUUAUCUCAUUCAUGCUGCUGCUGUCGUAGCUUGUCAGACAUUCCUGGUUUUCUUUAUCCCCACACACCAAAGAAAUGAAGGUCUUUUUUAUUUUUGGACCUACAUCCAUGAACAGAAGAAUUCCCAGCUGCAGUGAUGGCCUGGAGAUUUAAAAACUAUUUUCUUAGAUUCUGAAGGGAAUUAAGUUCAUUCUCAGAUUAUUGAAUUCCUACCAUCUACACUAUGUGCAUUUUGAAGCUGAACUUUUCUUCUGAGUGAAAAAUAAGUUAUUAAGGUUGUUCCCUUAUGUAAGUGAAAUGCCUGCCUGGGCACAGGUUAAAAGCCACUUAAUUAAAUGGCCUCUGGUCAUUCUUCUGGUGUCCCAAUUUCUUUCUAAGGGAUUCAGUAGGUGGCAGGUUUUCCAAGAGAAAACCAUCCUGCUUGUUUUCUUAGAGGUCUUUGUUGCUCUAGGGACACUGUCUUCACUCAGAAAUGCAGAGCAAAUCGUUAUAGCUGAUACUAUUCUCUAUCGUGGGGAAGGCUCUGACAGAAUUUUUCCUCACCAGGAGAUCAUUUUCAGCUAAUGUGUCUGUCUUGUCAUUCUCUUAGUGACAAUCUUAUAAGAAAACUGUAGAGGCAUUAUGUACAAAUAUGUAAGUAGUUUUUUAUUUUUAAUAAUUGCAAAAAAAAUCCUAUGUAACAACUACAAAAAGAAAUCCUAUGAAAAAUUCCUAACAGGCAUUAUUACCAUAUCUUGUUAGUGUGAUUAGCAUGACAGUACCUCAGAUAAAUCAUUCAGAGAUUUGCCCUAGCUUCUUUUCUUCUUGUAAUUAUCAUAGUUGAUACUUUGCCUCCAAAUCCGAGGUGCUAUAUAGCUUUUGCUGUUGGUAUAUUUAGUGUUUGGUAGAGUUGCAGAAGAAGGGUUUAUUUCUAUCCAGGAGUCACAGGUUCCCAGACUCUCUGGAUUUUCCACUUAGGGAGGAAACGUGUUGGUUCUCAAUAGCAGGUGUCUGUUUUAAGUGCUCAGCUUCAUGACUGCUGAGCUGGCAUUGUACCACGCAGGUCUGAAAUUCAGAGAACGGGUACGGCAGACUUGAACAAAUACCAAAUGAACUUAAAAUCCCAUGAAAUGAGGGUUGUCUAGGCAUUUCAGACCCUCAAAAAGAAGAGCUUAGUCUCCAGUUUUGGAAGACGCAUUUGGGGCUUGGGGAUAGAGACGGGACUGCAGCUAAAAGAUGCACAGUCAUGGUUUUGCUCAAGCCUCUUACGAAACUAUGAAUGGGAGAUUGAGCUAAAGAAUAGAAUCCAGAGGUCAGAACUCAUAUCUAGAGUAAUUCAACAGAACUUACAAGAAUAUGGGAAAUUAGGGAUUGGUAGGGUAUAUUUUGUUGUUUAUAUCAACUAGAGGCACUUUAUUUAGGGUUAAAUGAUCAAACCCUUUAGUGGUUUCAAACACCAACAUACUGGCUUACACUGCUGAGAUAUUUUGGUUUUCAUUAUUUUGCACUGGAUCCACCCUGUAAAUAUUCUUAAAUAUACAUUUCAACCACUGUUUUUUCCUACUCUCUUUGCUGCUCAUUAAAAUCUUUCAUGUAGGUGCCAGAACCAUAUGUAAACAGCUUUUUAAAAAUUGAAGCUGGUAUUUUUUUUUUUUUUAAACAAAAGCCAUAGAACUUGGUCAUGUUUUCCAUAUAAAAUGAUUUGUCAAAACAAGGUAAUACUAAUAAAAACCUACAGGCACCAAAUAGGCUGCUUCAAAUGGUCUGUUACUUUUUUUUUUGUAAUGGAAUAUAACUAAGAAGUUUUGCACAUCUUUAAGUUAAGGGGAAAAACAGUAUGUCAACAUUGGGUGUUGUUGGACAGGAUUCAUUUAAGGAUUCGUGUUUCGAUAAUUCGGUAAAGAGCAUUCAGGAGCAUGCUGUUUUUAAAAGAACUACAGUGACUUAGAAUCUCCUUGUGGUGUCAUGUUGCAGGAAUUUCCCAUUACUCUGUGACUUCCAAACCAGUUUGAGUCAUAACAAAUGUUUUCUAAACUUUUAUUGUAUUAUUGCAAUAAAUCUUUUAACAGUACUUUGCUAA